UCUCAGUGUCCUGAUCUUCUGCUGGGGAGGAGACAGGAGUGAACAGAAUGAAGUCUUCAGGGCAUGUCUCCAAACCAGUCUGCAUGGCAUCCUCCUCCACAGGGCAACGUGCACUGAAGGUGUCCUGGAUCCGGAGGCUGUGGGUGACCUACGCUGUUCUGUGCUUCCUAGCGCUGCCACAGAGGGGCACAGCCACAAAGUCCCGCUGCGGCCGGGAGCUGCUGGCCGACCUGGAGUUCGUGUGUGGGGACAGAGGCUACUACAGAGGAAGCAAACCGCUGGACAGACAGGUGCUCAGCCUGCCUGUCAUUGCAGGGAAUGCACAAGGCUACGGCAGGAGGCUGCGAGGGAAGGGCAUCGUGGAGCAGUGCUGCCUGCGCGGCUGUGACCUCCAGCACCUGGAGUCCUACUGCGCCAAGCCCCAACGCUCAAGGAGAUUGGCACCCAGCGUGGAGCCGCACAGCCAGGAGGGAAAACUGCGGGAAAUCUUCAGAAAGCAUGUCCUGGCUCCCUCCAGGAAUUUGGAAUCCAUCAGGCUGAAUAAGGUUGUGGCAUUGGGGAAUCGGAACCUACCAGAGCCCGGGGCCGCUACUUCUGUGCCUAGGAUCUCCAGGCACUCCUUCCUGCUGAAGGAGAUAUCCAGAAAGGAUGUGGAAAGACAGCCCUGAGAGUGAUCCCCUGAGUGAAGAGGAAGAAGGAACGUAGGAAGAGACUGUUUUCUCAGAGCCGGUAGACUUUUACAGAGACAGUGUUCUAUGCUGCUUGCUGUUUACGGGAUUGUGAAGCUUAUCUUUGAUGACCAUAUUAAAUUGGCAUUUUACUGGAUUUUUUUAAUACCCUGAGUGUUUUUCCCAUUUUUUUGCAAAAACAAAUCCAUUGAGGAUGUUAGAUGGGCACUUUUUAGUAUCUGCCAGGGAGGGAGGAGAUCCAGCAAAGAAGACAGGAGACACAGUGUGUUCUUCCAGCUCGUUAAGUUCCAUGUUCUUCAGAUGCCAACCUUAAAUAACCAACAUGUUGCUCAUUUAAACAGAAGAAGCCUGUUUACUGAAUAGCACUGUAUCACAUGCAAGAGCUUUUCAUCUUCAGUAGUUGAUGGACUAGGUUGCCCACACCACAGAUGCCAUACUUCAGCUGUAACACUGGGCUGACUGGUGUGCCUGGUAUGAGAUGUUUUAUCCAGAAGUCACUGCUCUGCUUUUUUCGCUCCACUGGCUAAGAAAGAGUAAAACCACUUACAAACAGUACAUUUGUCAAGGUAAAAUGUAGCAUAUUUCUUUUUGGCAAUGUAGAAAAGUGGCAAGUCUGUAGUUUUUUGUGACUCCGGUGUACAGUUUAUAAGUAUCCUGACAUAUUUUAGCUUUGUUUUCCUGUAGAGGAAGCUGAAUGAUGUGCACUAAAACAGAGUGAAUGUUUUAUUGUCUUUGGUUAUUUUCCACAUUUUGGAUGUAUUUUUUGAGCUUGUAUGUUAAGUUUUUAUAGACACAGAUUUUAAAAAAUGGUAAAACUUGAAAAGUCCUUGAAGAAAGCACGUGCACUUCAGCAGUUUGUCUUGACAUGUAUUCUCUUGUUUUUGAAAUGCAUACUGCGUCAUAUAAUAUUUAUACCGCAUAUUUAAAUUUAGGUUGCACAGGGAACUGUGACUUUGGGUAUGCUGUGUAAAAACAAUUGUUGCCAAAAAUGUUUUUUUUUGUCUUGUUAUUGGCGAGCGUGCCUUUGAGAAGCUGACAUGAAUUAAACUUUUUUUUUUUCAAACCACGGGUUUGGAGUUUUUUUUUCUUUUUUUCCUUGCAUGUGAAGAACAGAAUAAGCAAAUUUUGUCCUGGUUUUAACUCAAAGCUUUGGUGUACCUGCCAACCCCGAAUUCCUAACCUGGCUCUUCGGGGCAA